AAUAAGGUGUUGACAGUGGAUGGGGUGAAGGUGAAGCUGCAGAUCUGGGACACGGCCGGGCAGGAGCGCUUCCGCAGUGUCACCCACGCCUAUUACCGGGACGCCCAUGCCCUGCUCCUGCUCUACGAUGUCACCAACAAAGCAUCGUUCGACAACAUCCAGGCGUGGCUGACAGAGAUUCAUGAAUACGCGCAGCAGGAUGUGGUCCUCAUGUUACUGGGAAACAAGGUGGAUUCAGCCCAGGACAGAGUGGUGAAAAGGGAAGAUGGAGAAAAAUUAGCCAAGGAAUACGGCGUGCCCUUCAUGGAGACCAGCGCAAAAAGUGGCCUCAAUGUUGAAUUAGCGUUCACAGCCAUUGCAAAGGAACUGAAGCACAGGUCCAUGAAGCUGCCCAACGAGCCCAAAUUCAAGCUCCACGACUACGUGAAGAAGGAAGUGAGAGGCUCAGGCUGCUGCAGGUCCUAA